AUGCAUCCUUCAUUCUUCACAGCUACAUUGCUCGUCAUCUCUUCAGUGUGGGCUCAAAACACAUCACUGUCCUCUUGUCUGACCAGCAAAUGCCCAGCAUCAGCACCAUGCUGCACACCUUACGGACAAUGCGGGACAGGGUCGUACUGCCUAGGUGGCUGUGAUCCACGACUUUCCUUCAGUAUUGCUUCAUGCAUGCCUAUGCCGAUUUGCAAAUCGCAGUCGUAUUCGUUCUCCUCGCUUGCUCGGGUCGAUAAUGGAUCUGGGUACUUGGGAGACGCAGGAGCCACGGAUUUCACGUCCUCUGGGCCCAUUCAAAUCAGCGAUGGUGUCAUACAGCUGAGAAUGCCUGCCGAUUCUGUUGGUAGUGUGUUGACAACGACGCGGUAUGUAUGGUAUGGCAAGGUCUCUGCAACGCUGCAAACGAGUCGUGGUCAAGGUGUUGUAUCGGCAUUCAUAACCAUGUCGGAUGUCAAGGAUGAGAUUGACACGGAGUGGAUUGGUGGUGAUCAGAAGAGAGGGGAUGUGGUUUUGCAGGAAGCGCAAACCAAUUACUAUUGGCAACAAGUGCUCAAUUACACCAAUGGUGGUAUUGGCAAGAUCAAUGGCGAUGCAUCUGCGUCGAUGCACACCUAUGCGAUUGAUUGGCAGGAAGAUCAAAUUACGUGGUCUGUGGAUGGAAGUAUUGUGCGUGUCUUGAAGCGCACAGAGACCUAUAAUGCAACGAGCAAAAUCUUCAUGUUCCCACAAACACCAGCGAGAAUCGGAUUGUCUAUCUGGCCUGGUGGUGGUCCAACACAAGCACCCGGAACGGUCGAAUGGGCGGGUGGACCCAUUGAUCAGACAUCGCAGGAGAUUCAAGAGCAAGGGUUCUUUGCCAUGUCUGUCAAGUCUCUCACUGUUGAUUGUGCACCGCCUCCUGCCUCAGCGGGAAUUGUGCAAGGCAAGACCAGUUAUCGUUGGCGCCCUGAUUCGACCUUGUUCCUGGCUCGUGAUAUUGAGUUGACGAGUGACACGACAACACUUGCAAGUUUUGUGGCAACUGGACUGAAUCGUACGGCUGUCCCUGUUUUGCUCGCCACACCUUCAACUAUCUCUGCACCCACUUUUGUCAACAGCAGCAUUGCUAUCACUGGUGCUGCUGGGAUCGGCAACUCCCCCAUCCAAGCCAAUAUCGGAACAGCAGGUGGCGAUGCUCAGCGUGGUGAUGGUAUCUCAGGAACGCAACCGUCUGAUUCCAUUAGUACACGUGUGACAAACACAGCAAGCUCGCAAAAUGGGGUCGGCGGAUUCUCUCAAGGGAGCACGACUCGCUCCAAUGGUGCCGCCGCUUCCGUCUCACGGACAAUCGACGACUCGCUUGUCCUGCUGCUUUUGGUAUUUGUCCUUUUGUAA